UUGUUUCAGUCCUGUAAUCAGUAAAUUUUACUUAUAAAAUGGAUAUUAUUAGCUAAUAUGUUUUAACAAUCUGCUUCAUAUAUGACUGUAUGAUGGAUCCAUUGGGUGCGAUAUGCGGGACUCGAGAUUGUGUGGUCAUUGACGAUUUAGUGUCUUGGCAAAAGACUUGUGAGAGUUUACAUGGAGUUGAUGAUGCUACGUCUGUGGACACUGAAAAUACAGACAAUUUAAAGUUGGAAUAUCAUUUUCGAGAGGAUAUAAAUUCAAAAAUAUUUCUUUGGAAUGGAGAUAUAACAAAGGUAGCAGUACAAGCAUUGAUUCUUCCAGUUUACGAAGUUUUAAGCAAAUCUUCUCCACUUUCGCAAAAUCUUCAUUAUUCUGCUGGUCCAAGACUAAUUGCAGAUGUGCGUAAAAUUAUCGGGCUUCGAACUAGUGAAGUUCGUGUUUUGCCUGGAUAUAAUUUACCAACGAGAUAUGCAAUUCAUACUGUGGAACCAAGGUAUAAUCCAAAGUUUUAUUCAGCGGCUGAUACAGCAUUACAUAUUUGUUAUAGAACAGCCUUGCAGGUUUGCGCUGAAAGGGGGCUUCGUACUGUUGCAAUUUCACCCUUGCAUAUAACAAGGAAGGGUUUUCCUCUUGUAACAGGAAGUCAUAUUGCUUUGCGGACAAUUCGGAAAUGUAUCGAAAUGUUGGGUACAAAAUUUGAUGCCGUUAUCAUAGUAACAGACCCAACAGUAGUAGAUUCCUACUCAAAGCUAUUUCCAACAUAUUUUCCGAGAUCUGUAAAUGAGGCGCAUGCAGAAUUAAAAAAUGUACCCAACAACGUUUUUUGCAACGAGUGGGGGGAACUAUUUCAAGAGGAACGAGCUAUUCGGAUCGCUGAUAUAUCGGAAAUAGAACCUGAGGAAAAUAAAGAUAUCUUGCAUGAUUCAGACGUUGAUGACAACAUUAAAAAUAAUUCUGAAAUUGUAAUCGACGAAAGAGUGACUCAACAUUCUUUCGCUCAAAUGUCAGGCGACCAUGACGGAAAACGUCGAUUCAUGAUGCUAUACAGUAUGCAGAGACAGACGCUGCAAUCCCAGGAAAGGAUUUACCAAAGGCUGUUACGAAUUUCUAGAAAUGAGAAUUUUUCAAAAUUUUCUUCACUUGGUGCAAUUAAAAUUUCUGGAAGAGAUGUAAACGGCAAUAUUGUUAUUUCAAUAAUUGGAAAACACCUCAAUUUUUAUGAGAUUGAUUUAGAAAAGUUUCUUUUAUACCUCAUUUUGACCUUUGACCCUAUCGUGAACAAUCCAUACACUGUUGUGUACUUUCACACGCAGACGCUAGAGUUCAAUCGACCUACUUCAGAAUAUUUGAAGAAAUUAUACAAUACUUUUGAUUAUCGCUAUAAAUCGAAUCUUUCUAGAUUAUGUAUGGUCCAUACCAACACGAUGAUGAAAAUUACAACUUGGAUUUUUGCGUCAUUUUCCGUCAGUGACCUCAAAAGUCGGAUUAUGAAUAUUCGAUCAGUGCCGGAAUUGUAUAAAAUCGUCCCACCGAAUCAAAUUGAUGUUCCCCCGUUUGUGUUGACCUAUGAUAUGAAAACGAAUCCUCAAGCCUACAGUUCUUCUCCUACGAGAAGUCCAACAAAUUCAUUGGGACAAAGGAAUGCAAAACCUACUAGAGUGUCAGACUUCAACCAAGUUGCCCAUGGAACACUCUGACUUUAUUUUCACGAAGGGCUGUUAACUUUGUUACAUGAGUUAGUUAGGCCAGUGGUUCUCAAACUUCCUUAAUACAUGUCCCCUUCCCAAAGACUAUCAACACUUCAUGGCUUCCCUGCUCUUUUCAGUAUAAAACUAGUUUAUUUUUAACAGGUUUUAUCAGUUAUUCUCUUCAUCAUGUUCAAUAAAGCCAACUAAUGAAAGCAAAGUAAUAAAUGCGUUUCGUUCAAAGAUUUAAACAAUCACAGUUUAUUUUCUAUGUAUUAAUGUGGCGAAUGCUACCUAAUGAAAGUCUUUGCUUUGGUCUUCAUAGUACUUCUUCAUGUAGGACUGUAAGGGUCCAAUUUGAGUUUGGCCUAUGUGUUAUUUUGCUAAAUCAAAUCACUGUUUUUUUGGGGAGAAAAAUCACUUAUUAUUCUUCAAAUACUGGCCCCCCAAUCUGAUUUCCAUGAAGUAUAAUUUCUCAGCCAUACAAUUGACAGCAACCAUUUUGUUAUCUUUUUUUAUCCUUGGUGCAUUUUCAUUGCAAUUGACUUGAGAUUUUUCCUAAAUUUACAAGUUUUUUUGUUUCUAUACUAUUUUUCUAUCAAUGGGAUUACGAUUAUGUUGCAUGGACAUAUCUUAAGUUUAGUAUAUCUUAUCCAAACUUGAAAGAAAACAUGACGAAAAAUAACAGCAUUCUGUACUUGUAAAUUAUAUUUGGUUUUUCUGGCCAGUCAUGCACCAUUGCUUUUUAGUAGGCUGUUAGAGAAAAUGCAAUAGUUAGUAAAUCAAGCCAGACUUCAGCUCCCCCACAAAUGUUUUUAGUUUUAAUCAACUGGAAAUAUUACAUUCUUUCAUUUAAAUAAGUCGUUCCCAACCUUGUUUGUUAAACUAGCAAUAUAGGGUGUUCAUAAAGUCUUCUGACAUUUUUCAAAAUUGCAAAGGGAAUUUAUCGAUACCAUGUAUUGUUUUGGCCCUCACAGAUGUAUUAAAUGAAGUAAAAAUACUUGAACAAUUAAUGAUUAACAUACAAACAAUUUUGGUUAAGAUAUAUUGAGAACUGACUUCAUUACAGAAUUGAAAAUUGUAAAGGGAAUUUAUGGACAACCUGUACUGCAGCACAUACAAAUUCUUCCCUAAAAAAGACAAAAUUUCUCACAGGGUGGAAAUUGAAGUAUUUCUGCAUAUUGUUUCAGUUUGAUAGGAGAAGUAUAAAACCUCAUAAUUAUGAUUAUUUUUUUCAAAUUGAGCAAAUCUUGGAUUGAAAUAAGAUAGAGCAACUGAAUAAUAGUUCAACCCAACUUUUUCAUAUGUUUGUUUAAUGCAAGGUCACAAGUCUAACAGGAAAGUAACCAAACCUGAUAUUUUGUGUGAAUCGAUGUCCCCAAAUAUUUCUAAAAAAUUUUAUGUUGAUCCAUAUUUUUUGUGUCAAAUUAUAGUCAUAUUAAUUAUCAUUGUUGCAUCAUGAAUUGUUUCAUUAUGAGCUGUGAACUUCAUACGUAUCCAAUUAUUGUGCAAUAUUAUAUUAUAUCAUGUUGGGUUCUGUAGUUUAUACGUACUACACUCCUUUUUAUCUGUGUUUGAGCAGUAUUUGAAUAUUUAUAUUCAUAUCUAUAUUUGCUUAACUGUAAUGCAGUGGUUUCCAAAUUGCGGCUUAAUUAA